CAAACACAUUAGAGUGUCUUCCAUCAAUCAAGUUUGCUCUGGUUUCUAAAUCAAAUCAAGUUCAAACUUCGUAGUUUUAGUUAUUUGCUGAUCUUGAAUUUGAAAACAUAUCUACAUUAUAGUAGCUUGGAACCUUCGAAUCCAAUAACUUGAUCCAUGAAUUUUGCUUAUCAUCAUUCAGAUAUGAAAAGUUCCCUGCUUCUUUUUGUUACUUUUUCUUCUAUCGUUGGUGCUGUCGAAUCAUUAACGGAGAAAUCCAGAUCCGAAAUGGAUGAAGUCUGGGAAGCUUGGAAACUAAAAUAUCACAAGAGUUAUGAUUCUGUGGCUGAAGAAAAGCUCGGCUACAAGAAAUGGCAGGAAAACGCGCUAAAGAUCAGCCUUCAUAACAUGCGCUACGAUCUCGGUUUGGAAACUUUCAAAACUGAGUUGAACACAUUCGCCGACAAGACAUUCGAGGAGUUCGCAGCCACUUAUCUCGGAAACCGAAAACAACUCAAAACCGAUUCCGAUUCGUCGCCUUCUUCCGUAAAUGGAAAUGGUGACUCAUCUGUAGGUGAUGAUUUACCUGUAACUGUUGAUUGGAGGGACAAGGGUUACGUGACACCUGUGAAGAAUCAGUACGAGUGUGGGAGUUGUUGGGCUUUUUCGACAACUGGCGGCUUAGAAGGGCAGCAUUUCAACGCAACAGGUAAUUUAGUGAGUCUAAGUGAACAACAACUGGUAGACUGUGACCAAUACUGCUACGGGUGUGCAGGGGGUUAUGUCGAACAGGGAUACCACUACCUCCGCCAACAUGGAUCCAUAAGCGAAGUGAACUACCCUUACACGUCCAAAUUUGGCUUCAACCACACUUGCAAUGAGACUGGUAACACUAUCGCUGCGACUAUGAGCCGAUAUGUCAGUUUGCCGAAAGGAAAUGAGGAUAAACUGAAGGAAGCGACUGCGAAUGUUGGGCCGAUAUCAGUCGCAAUUGAUGCGAGCGGCCUAUUUGAGUUCUACAAAAGCGGAGUCUACUACUCUAAAUGGUGUGACCCCCAAUUACCUGGACCACGCAGUGCUUGUAGUGGGCUACGGGGUGUACCAAAGUGACGAAGAGGGGG